UCGAGUCGAGCAUGCGCACAGCGACGCAUUUAACAACAUCACAAAGAACAGAGAGUUUACGGAUUGAAAGUGCACAGAGUUUUUGAGGAAAGGAACAGCUUCCCGCGAAGAGAGGAGAGAUGAAGUUCCCUGUGGAUCUCCUGGCUGAUGUCGGUCAGGCAGAGCUGGAACGGUCGGCCCACAACUACAUGAACAACCUCCUCUACAGCAGCCCUGAUUCUCCUGAGCACCUCACCUUCUCUGACUCCACCCAGGUCACCAUAGACAUUUCUAGCGUGGGCUUCAUCCCUCUGUAUGGAUCCAGUGAUAGACAGAAGAUCCUGGCCCUCUUCUCUCCCAGUGAUCCACUCACUGCAGUGGCCCUGUACCUGCUCGACCGGUGGUGGACAGUGGACGAUAUUCUCAAGACGACAGAUGCCGCUCGAGAUGGAGCCAUGGAGGUGGAGACAGUAGGAGAGAGACUAGUUUUAUACAUCCUUAAUCGUGUCAUCUAUAGAGCUAAGGAGAUGAGCUCUGACGAGCUUCCCUUCCUCUGCCAUGGAGAAAGAGAUUAUGCAAAAAUCCUCUGGAGUAAUGGAGAGGCUGUUGGCUUCUAUUCAGUAAAACCCUCAGGUAGUUUAUGUAACUCUUAUUCAACCAGGAGCUACCAGCUCCCUGUGAUGGACUCCAUGUAUGUUAGAAAGUGUCAGCGUGGUAAAGGCUUUGGUCUUCAGAUGCUGGAGGACUUCGUGCUCAGUUUCAAAGAGGAUUGUCUGGGGCUGAGGUACCCCAUCACAAAAUCCAUGUAUAAAGUGUGUGAGAAGUACCUGUGUCAGUACCCAGGAGACACGGACCUGCUGUGGGAGGUGGAGAGUGUAGGCGCACUCAACCAGAGGACCAAUAUCGCCAGCAGGAUCCAGACCAUGGCCCUGAGUGCUGUAUCCAAGAGCCUCUCACUCACAGAGGAAUCACUUGAGAUUACUGAAGUCACUGAGAAGCGUUUGGAGAGGCAGGCACUUACCAGACAGAUAAAAGAAGCUGAAUCUAUGGAAUGCACAGUUGAGAUUGUGGAGGAGGUGACAGUACUGAGAGUUACCAGAGUUUCAGAGGCUGAGGACGUGCCUGUUGCCGUCGGCGGUAGGAGUAGUGGCUCAAAACAAAGGAACAUCACAGAAAAGACCCCAGAGGACAAAUCAGAAAAGGUCAUCAGAAUCGAGGAUAUUGAAGCAGAAACUCCCAGAGAGCAACAGGGGAAGAAGGUACACGAUGUCCCUGAGCUGGAGCAGACUGAGGGGAUGUUCAGUGUGGCCGCUGAACAACAAGGUGAGGAUGUAGUUGAUACUGUACCUGAAGAUGAAGACAAACCAGCCACUGUCCUUGACCUAGAAGAAGCCGAUGUUAUAGCUACACCUAUGACUGAGAAGCCACAAGCAGACGAUGCCACACAGGAUCUGAAAAAUGACUCACAAAUUACAGUUGAGAAUAUGGCAUCAGAAAUUGAGGAAGAGUGUCAGGAGGAAGACGUGGAAGUACUGGCAUCCUCGGAAGAACUUAUAGAGGAACACACGGAAGCAGAAACUCUGGAGAAAGUGGGGAAAGAGCGAACGGAAAUGAAGGUUUCCGAUGAAAAGUCAGAAGAAAGAAUCGCACGACAUGAUUUAAGUCUGUCAACACAUACAACGUCAGAGGACAUCGAAGCUGAAAAAGCUGUUGUAAAGGUUACAAAAGGUGUACGGAAUGAAACCCACAGACGGAGAUCUCAACAGCACAGCAAGCCGCUGGAGGCAGUGACGGAGGAAACUACAGCCCAGGAAGGAGGGAAAAUUUUGAGGCGAAGAACUGUUUCGAGCGCUCCCACACCCAAACGCAAGUAUACCAGACACAGCCGGAAAAUAUGUAAAGAAUUAGAGAAAGAGAUUGAUGAUGUGGCAGGGGAGAAUGAAGGUUCUACAACUGGAGUAGUGGAGGAGUUAGCUGUAGCUGAGAGAAAAGAACAAGAAGAAGUGACCUCCACAGAAGAGGAUAUAGUUACUGUGGGAGACUUAUCAGAGGAUAAAAAUCAACAUCAGGAAGACGAACGACUGACAGAUGAAGAGGAGACUAAGAAUCCAGAGGAGCCAGGGCUGGAAGACAGUUCUGCAGAGCGUCCAAAUACAGCAGAGACUGCACUUCAAAAGGAAAAUGAGGAUGAAAAAGUAACAGAACAAAAGGAUGCGGAGGUAGAAGCAUCACUGAUACAGGAUAAACAAGAGGUCUCUGAUGAGGAAAUAGAGGAGCCCCCUGUUGUACAGAGGAGAGCUGUGAGAGGCAGACCCAGAAAACAAAGAACAACCCGUCACAAUCAGGAAGAAGAGCAAACACAUGAAGCUGGCCUGAGUGCAGGAGGUUCUGCUGAAGAGAGGGAUGGACAACAGAUGGAGGAACGCCACAGGGUAGAAAAAGAGGAGACUGUUGACAAUAUAGAAGAGAUAUUUUGUGACUCUGUAGUGAUAGAAGCUACAAUUCCAAAGGCAGAGGAAGCAGCGGAGGAUGUUUUAGCUUUAACUGAGAUGAACACGGAGGAGAGCAAGGAGGUGCAGGAAGAAGAAAAGACAGAGGAAGAGACAGACAUUGUUUCAGCGAUGGAAGCAGAUAAGGAGGAAGAGGCAGACGGCGUCUCUGGUUCAGGAACAGUGAUACCCGAUGAAGUUCAAGAGGAGGCCGGCGUGCUAGGAGCUGAGGAGCCUCAGGACAGGGAGGCUGGCUCUGAAAUCCCCAAGCUCCAGAAAGCCAGUGUCAUCUUAGUGGACCUAAAAACAAAUUGGCAUCACCUUAGUGUGACGGAGGCAGAAGAAAAAACCUUUGAUGGAGAGUGUGCUGCUCCAGAAAUGGAACAGACGGAGCUGAUUGCAGCAAAGGAACAAACACCAGACCCAGAAAUGCUAAUGUUGGAAGAGGAGGAUGGAGGGAACCAGGGAAACAUUACAGAAGAAUCUGUAGAUGUCGCUGCAGAGGUAGAGACUGUUAGGAAAGAAGAGCUUGAGGAAAAUAUUGAGGAAGCACCGGUUACUGAAACAAAAGUACUCCGAAGUGGAAGAAAGACCACCGAAGCAAGCUGCAAGUCCAGAGGGCGAAGCAACCAACAGCAGAAGGAAGACAACAUAGGUGAAGAUACUAUUGAAAAGGAGGUGGAUGAAACAAACACAGGCAACUUUGAGGUUGAAGGAGAGAUGGGCGCUGUGGCAAAGGAUGCAGUAACGGUAACAGUUCCAGUGGAGGAGAUAUGUGCAGAUACAGACGUUCAGGAUACAGGGGUAGAGGAAGAAAAGGUAGUCAAGGAAGCAGCCGUGGAAAAAACAAAUGAAGAGAGAGCGGAACAAACGGAGGAGGUAGCAGCAAAGGUUACUGAGGAAGCUGCUUCUGAAAGAGAGGGGAUUGUCGAGUCAGAAAUGGAUGUACAGGAAGGGAAGGCUGUGGAAGAGGAAGGAGAAAAUGUUGGGGAGAACCAAUCAGAAGUCACAUCCAAGACAUUUGCAGAAGGAGAAGCCCCAGAAGAGGGUGGAAUCGUGGUGGAGAAGAAGGAAGUUGUUACUGUAGAAGUGGAAGAAGGAGUGUCAGAAAAAGGAACACUGUCAAUGACUGAAGAGGAGGAAAACACAGUUGGAGUUCCAGCUGCUGCAGAUGAUUUAGUACAAGGAGAGACUGACCCUCCAUUAGCCAAACCUGACACUGACUCAGCUCUGCUUACGCCCAGUGAAGAGGAGGCAAAACCUUCAACUGGGGAUCAACAGAGUAAAGAAAAGACAUCCCUGCUUUCUGAUCUCCAGAGAGUGACUGUGGUAUUAGUAGACCUUAAAAAAGUCCAUCAUGAAGUCCAGGAAGAAAGCGCAGCUGUUGAGGAGGGUGUUCUGCUAGAAAAGGCUGAUGCCGAGGCAGAAGAGGAGCAAAGGGGAGGAACAAUGAAAGAGGAAGAAACGGUGGCAGAGGAGCAUGUUCCUGGUUCCCCCCUGCAGCUGGAGAAGGUGGUAAUGGAUGAAGAAGGGUUGGAGGAGAACGUGAAAGAUGUAGUCACAAUACAGGAAGACACAAGUGUGGGGAGUGUUGAGGAGACGGAAGCUAAAAAUGUUGAUGAGGAGGAGGAGGAGGAACUUAAAGUCACUGAGAUGAGAAAACGGAGAAGUAGAAAACAAGCAGCCAAAGUCACACCAAGACACAGAUCAGGAAGAAGCAGGCAGAGACAGGAGGAAGAGGAAGUGGCUUCAGAAAUUGGAGAAGAGGAACCAGUAAUUCAAGUCAGAGUUCUGAGAGGGGGAAGGAAGUCUAUCCCUGUCGCUCAGAGAUUUACAACAACAAGCACCCAAAAGCAACUCCAGGAAGAAGAGAAAGAGGAAGGAGAGGGAAUAAAGGGAUCUACAGGAGUUCAGGAAGGAGAGGCAGAAGAAGAAGAGGAAUCUAUUGAGAAACAGCGCACAACUCAACAAGUAGAAAAUAUAGGACCAGAAAUGGGUGUAGAGAAAGCAGAUACCAUGGCAGAGGAAGCUGUCGCACAACCAGAUGCUCCAGAGGAGGGACAGGUGGAGAACACGGAGGCUCCAGUAGCACAAAUCGCAGAAACUGCAGCUGGAGAAAAUGCACAAAAGACACUGUUGGUGGCAAAGGAUGACGAGGCAAAAGGUGUUUCUGAGGAGGAGGAAGCUUCAGUUUCUGAAACGAGAAUCCUUAGAGGUGGGGAAAAGGCGGUGAGAGCUACACCACGAGGCAAAGCUACUAAAAGACAAGAUGAUGAGCAAGAGGUGGAGGCAGCCAGAGGGAAAAGCACAGAAGAAGGCGAAUCAGCAGUAGAGACGAGAGUUUUGAGAAAGGGAAGGAGGUCUGCUCCUGCCACACCGAGAUAUAGAUCCAAAAGAGCCCGUACACAGUGUCGGCAGAGGAAGAGGCAGAAGAAGUCUACUCCAGCCGAGGAGACUGAAGGGGAGGACUCUGAAGCUGAUGAGAGUGAAAACAACAGUGAUGAGAAAAUAGAAGAAAAGGACGAUGAGGGAGUUCAGAAAGAAGAUACAGAGCCAGAAGUUCCAGAGGAAUCCUUCGCCGAGCAGGAGGAACAGUCUGCUGACGGACAGGCAGAGGCUUCUGCUGGGGCAAGUCACAGAGAGACACCCACUACAAAUAAGGGAAAUAUUACUGAUGAGGAGGAAGCACCAGCUGUUGAACCAACAGGUCUUAGAAGUGGUGGCAAGAGUGCAGUAAGAGUACAGGUACAGAGCGCAGAUGAACCAGCAGAAACAAGAGUUCUCAGGAAGGGGAGGAGGUCCGCUCCUGCCACACCUAGACAUAGAUCCAAAAGAGCCCGCACACAGUGUCAGCAGGAGGAAGUAACUUCUCCAGCAGAGGAGGCUGAAGGAGAGGAAGAAGAGGCAGGGGAGAAAUCACCUGAGGAGAGAGGAGAGAAGGCUGAGGAAGAAGGGAAGUGUAUAGAAACGGAGGUGGAGAAAAAGAAAGGUUUGGAAGAGGAAGACAUUGAGAGUGCAGCUGGAGGAGGAUCUGUUGUGGGAGAUGCAGAAAAGACAGACACCCUGACAGAGGAAACAGCAGUGCUCAAAAAGGAGGAUAGAAGAGUGACAGCUGUGGAUGAGACCGGUACAGACACAGUCCACUUUUCAUCGGCUGAAGUAGCAGGGGCAGAUUCUGCUGAGGAAGAGGAAACCACAGUCAUAGAAAAAUCUACUGCUGCUACAGAAGUGGGAUCUGACACUACCACUGCAGAAGAAGAGGCACUAGUUGAAGGUCCAGUUGUAACAAGAGCUCUUAGGAGCAAAGCAAAAGCUUCAAAUGCCACACCAUCACGAGGAUCAAGGAGACAGAAAGACCAAGGAGGAGUGGAGUCUCAGCAGCAGGGAGAGGAAACACUGGAAGACGUGGAUCCAUUGACUGAUGAUACAGCUGAAAACAGAGAGCUAAACAUUAAGGAACAAGCAGACAUGAAAGAAACAUCAUCUACGGGAGAGGAGGCAAAGCCUCCAGCUGAAGAUACUGCAGAGAACCAGGCUAAGGAAAAAGCUGAACCGAUAUACAGCAGAGAGCUAGAGCCAGCUGCUGAAGAGCCAGCAGCAGAAGAUAUGGAAUCAGAAGAGGACUCUUCCUCAGAUGAAAGUAAAGAAGAUCAAACUGUGGACUCCGUAGUAGAAGUCAGAAAUCUCAGGAGAAUGAAAACUGCAAACAAAGAAGAGGACAAAGCAGAAGAAAUCCAACUUCCAAAGCGAAGGUCCAUACGAAUACGACCAAUAGUGGAUUACAGGGAAAACGAGGAGGAGGAGGAGGGGGGUGAGGCUGAGGCAGCCACUGUGAGGGAGGUAGAGGUUGAAGUGGAAUCAGAUGAGGAUGAUGACAACAAGAAAGCUGAAUGUUCUGCUGAUGAACAGAUAGAGAAGCUUGAGGAAGAUGAUAAAAAUGAAAACUUAGGGAAAGACACAGGGGCUAUUGAGCGUACUAGUGAAAAGGGGGAUAUCCUCAAUUUAGAAUUAGAUACAGAUGAAGAGGCAGAGACAGCAGUUUUAAACCAGGAGGAUGAGGAUGAUGAGCAGGAUAUUUCAGAGGAGGAGGUGGAGCCUAUAGUGAUUAGCAAGAGAGUUUUAAGAGGGAGGUCAGUUCCCUCUGUGAUUAUAACACCCCAGGCUAAACCCAGACGUCGCAGAGUUAAAGUUCAAAAAGGAGAGGAGUCUGAUAAAGAAAAGAGCCAUGAAUCCGCUCAGGAGAGACGUCCUCGCAAGAGAAAAUGUACUGAAGUAACACCAACUCGCAAAUCUAAGCGUCACAGCAGAGUUUAGGGUGUUCUGAAUACUAUGGUUGACAUUGACACCAAAAUACAGUGUAGAGUCAUAAAACUGGCAAAAAAACCCCCAAAAAACAAACAUAUGUAAUGUUUUAAUGCAAGCAGGCUCACAACGGAGAGAGUUUCACUCGGUUUGGGAUGAACAGUAGCAAAAAUGUUAGAUACUGUACAUAAUGCUGUGUAACUGGCAUUACUGAUUCAGCUCAUGGAUUCGAUGACCUUUCUCUACUUAUGCUACUGUUGCACUACGUUUUAGUGUUAAACACGGGCUGUCAUAGACCUGUCCAGGUGGCUAUAGAUAAUGGUGAAUGGUAUUAUUUUGUAAUUGUUACUUGUGACUUAAUUGUGUCCACUGCUCUGCCAAAGUUACAGAUUCUUGCUUUAAAGCCAGUAUGACUACAAUUUAAAAAAUUUGCCUCUGAGCGUGGACCACGGGCCUGACCCAGGGACAGACCGAAACCUACGCCAUCGUGAUCAUCAAGGACUCUAUGAUCAAAUACAAAUUGUAUACAAUCGGUGUGCUUCCAAGCAUUCUCAAUUUAUUCAUUAAAAAACGUGAGAUAUCCAAUAUAGAUCCAAAGAGAUCCAAAUAUAAAUUGGAAGGAAGUUCUUAUGCUUAGUUGAGGUGGAAAAAUUGGUUUAUGAAUGUAAGCACAAAGUGACAGUGUGCAAAGGAAAGGAAACAGAUCAUGACAUACAUGAAGAAUGUAUGUAUGUCGAACUUCCACUGAAGAGACAAGAAAGAAAAAGUAACAGACCAAAACAGAGCGGUGCGGGAUGAUGAGAUUGUAAUGUUCCUCAAAUGAACACAAAGCAAACAGAAACGCUAUAUUUCCAUCAUGUUCUCUACAUUUUGUUUCACAAGGUUUGACAGUUGCUCUUUUAAUUGCAUAAUUUUGUCACACUCCUCCUACAAUGGUUUAAUGGCACUUGACUAGAAAAUUAACUCCACCAGCUGUUUAUCUUGAUGAACCCACUCCAAAUGUUCUCACAACAUGGAAACAUAAUUUCGUUCACAUUUUCUUUCGAUGAAUUUAUUUAAAUUUUCAGAAUUUGUGUUACAUUUGCAUGAAAAUUCACUUAAUAUGCCUUUAAAAGAGCCUAAUGGCUCAGACUUGAUCUUCGAUAUACUUGUCACCGGUAUGCAGGAGAAACUAAACACCACCGUCACUGUGUGUUGUUAAUCCUCAGAACAGUGCAGCCAUGUUCAGACUGACAAAGCUCAGUCAAAAAAUCCAGUCUCCUCAUUUCAGUGAGAUGUAGUGACAUCCUGUGAGAGCAGUGCAUGGAGCCUCUUGGGGUUGGUGACGGAGAGGCUCUGGCAAAAAAAAAACACAUCCAGCUAAAAGGUUGGACCUGACUUUUUCUGAAUAUCACAUCAUUCGACAAUACACUGGCUAACCAAAUAUGUCCAAGCACGCUAUGAUCAUUUUCCAGAGUUGUCUUACAGUAUUAUCUGAUGAUCCUAGCCUAUCCUAACCUUCUUUAGAAACGUUCUUUUAAUAUUCAUUUUCAGUAUUGGAAGACUAUGAUGUACAGUUAAAGAGGUUCUACAGACAUUAAGAUGUCAGUUGACCUGUUUAAGGCAGCCGUUUGCCACAGCUGUAUAAACUCUGCCCAAACCAAAGAAAUAUAUUUUAGACCCACUAUUGAAGGUCUUGUGUCUCGGCAACUUCAUUAUUAAUAAGAAUUUUUUAAGUGUUUUUGCCUUUUCCUGGUUUGUACGUAAUCAUCAAUUGACUUUUUCAUUUAAAACACCAGGUUUGAUUACAAGCAGAGUUUCUUCACACAAAUACAAAUACACAUGGACAAAAUCUAAUGGGGCCACACUGAAUUUCUUUUGACUGUUCCUUAAAAAGCCAUAAUUUGCAUUUUAAUAAGAAUUCUAUACAAGUUGCGAAAUAAUAUUUUUAUAUUGUAAAUAUUUUCUUAUAUUUCAUUUAAGAUGUGAAUGUCAAGUGGCUGAAGAUCAUGUUUUAUGCACAUACAGUGCAUUCAGAAAGUUUUCAGACCCCCUUUUUCACGUUACAGCUUUAUGCUAAAAGUCAUUUAAUUUAAUUAAUCCAUAAUCAAUAUACACUCAAUACCCCAUAAUGACAGAGCCAAAAGAGAAUUUUUGACAUUUUUUGAAUAAAAGACCAGCACUACAUCCACAAAUGACUGAGUGACUGACUGAGUGAGUGAUGAAGUUACACCAUUGUCCGAGUGUUGGACUUUUCUCUUGAGAGACCUGACAGUGGCUGUCCACCAGCAGUCCCCAUUCAACCUGACAGAAGAAGAAGAAUGACAGAAAAUUCACAAAUCCAGGUGUGUAAAGCUUGUCGCAUCAUUCCCCAGCCAAAACUGCUUCAACUAAGUACUGACAAAACUUCUGUCAAUGUGCUAUUUCACUUUUUUCUUUUGUAUUAACUUGCAAACAUUUAAAAAAUUCUGUUGUCACUUUGUCAUUAUGGGGUAUUUAGUUUAGAUUGAUGAGGGAAAAAGUUAAAUGAAUUUAGGCUGCAACAUAAAAUGUGAAACAUGGUCUUUCUGAAUGCACUGAAUGUAUAACUUGUUCUUGCUUUGCAACUCUGCAGAACUCAGGUCUUAAUAUUAACACUCUUUAUUUUAAUUUCUCUUAUUUUAAAAACCUCAUACGUGUUACACUUUUAACUAACUUUGUGAACUAAGCAUUAUACCCUGAGGUUGAUUUUAUCAAUACAUCGUGUAGCCGGUCUCCUCAGUCAUGUUUUAAUUAUGUGAUAUUUAGUCCAAAUUAAACCUUGUGUUAUUAACGUUUGUUUAAGUGUUGAUUUUGUUGUUUAUGUCAUUUGGAGCUUGGAAGCUAGCAUUAAUUUAGCUGUGUGAUCUUUCAUAAAUGUAUUUUGUUCUUCAUAGCAGACACCAUUUAUGUCAGAAGGCAACAGCAGUCAUUUAAUUUGAUUAACUAACCCUAAAACUUUUUCUUUUAGUAAUGUUUUCUGUGGACUAACUUUUCUCUGUAGUUAUUUUUCCAUGAACUGAAAUUCCUAUUUUUGUGGCAAAUAAAGAUUUUCUGAAGGUAGUA